AUGCGGGGCACGGAAAGUGGCUGCAGAAAUAUCUCGGUGGAAGGCCUCGUGACGAGGGACCGUAGUUCAUACGACGCGGCGGAUGUUAUUGAGGAGCUAUGGACAGCCCUCGGUCUUCCAUCAGAGACAUUGUCGCGUGUCGAACUCGACGCUGACAUACCUAGCUUACCAUCAUCGUUCAGAAUAGGGGUGAUUGCGCAAAGCUCUAUUGCCCUGGUCGCGCUUGCUGCAGCCCAGCUCUACGCCGUGCAGAAAAAAGUCCAGGUGCCGAAGGUGAAGGUUCCUCCCCGACACGCCGUCAUCGAGUUCAAAUCCGAACGGCUUUACACAAUAGAUGGGCAAACACCAUCUUCGCCUCGUGAUACUAUAGGAGGACUCCACAAGACCACCGAUGGACACAUUCGAGUCCAUGACUCUUUUCCCAAUCACUCCAAUGGCAUGCUGGAUCUGGUUGGCCUUCCCCGAGGUUCUACGCGAGAGCAACUCGCCAAAAGGAUUGCUAAUUGGCGCAGUCUUGAACUUGAAAAUGCUGCGACCGUGCAGGGAAGUAUUGCAGCGUACGCUCUGCGAUCUUAUCGCGAGUGGGAUGUAUUGCCUCAGUCUAGAGCUAUCAGUGAUAUGCCCGUACUGCUCCAGUCUUUGCCCUCGGACAGCCACGGGAAUUGCCCCAGAAGGAUGAGCAAAGGCGCAGCCAGGUGUCUGGACGGUCUGCGAGUGCUAGAGAUGAGUCGUGUGAUAGCAGCCCCUCUAUGCGGCAAGACUCUGGCUGCUCAUGGCGCCGACGCUAUCUGGAUCACAUCGCCGAGCCUUCCAGACAUACCAAGCAUCGAUCGUGAGUUCGGACGAGGUAAACGAACAGUCCAGCUGGAUAUUCGCAACGCAGCCGACAAGGCCAAGCUAUUAGAUCUCAUUAGGGAUUGUGAUGUUUUCAUCCAGGGCUUCCGACCGGGCAGUCUUGCGAAGCACGGCCUAUCGGCCGAAAAUCUGGUCAGGCUCAAUCCCAACAUUGUGAUUGCAAACAUGUCGGCAUUCGGCCCAACGGGACCUUGGUCGCACCUCCGUGGUUUCGACUCAUUGGUACAAACUUGCUCAGGCAUAAACGUAUCUGAGGCGCAACAUGCAGGUAAUGGAGAAGCAGCUCGUCCACUGCCCUGCCAAGCUCUAGAUCAUGCAAGCGGCUAUCUGCUUGCAUUUGGGGUCAUCGCAGCACUAUACCGUCGUGAAGUCAAAGGUGGCGCCUGGCAAGUAAAUGUCUCACUAGCUGGCACCAUGAAGUAUCUACGCAGUCUGGGACAAUACUCAGGAAAGACUGGUUUCGAAUGCGAUGACUACAAGCAGCAAUCGGAUGUACCUACCGAGUAUCUGGAAGCUAGACAGACUAGUUUUGGACAUAUGGUAGCAGUCAAGCAUAGCGCAACGAUUGCUGGUUGCGAAGUCGGUUGGGAAGUCAUGCCGAAACCGCUAGGAUCGGACACCGCAGAUUGGCUAUGA